GUCGACCAUCUUUGAAGUAAUUAUUUUCACCAUCGUUCCUAUAGUUUAUUGAGUUUCAGCGCGAUUUAUAAAUAAAUAUUUGUGUUUACGGACGUGAGAUAUGUGUAUUCGCUUUUUGAAUCGAUAAGUAAAUAAGCACACGGCUACAUCGCUUCUGGAAAAUAAUAAAAGUGUCGUAAAAUGGACGAGCAACUGAAGACACAUGAGUAAGCUCCGAAUUACAAGCUUGUGCCAAGGGGUGGUCUGAGUUAUUUGAAAAAUGUUUAUGCUAUAGUCAGUGUAUAUUUCCUGUCGCCCUUCACAUUUGAAUACAUUCCGCAUCUGUGAUUGUCGGCUAAGUUCAUAAAGGCGUAAUAUGAGCCAACUACCUUAAUUCAACUCCCUUCCCACUCUUGUCUUUCCACACAGUGACUAGAGUUAAACCGGCUUAUAUACCGGGGCCUGCUUGUUUGUCACAUAGCGACAGAUUUACCAAAAUAUGUUUUUUCUCAAAGAAAAUAUUACCAGCGCCACUUAAGAGCACAUCUUAAGAUCAAUGUUUGAGAAACGUGAAUAGGUGAAUGUCAAUUUAGAUGCAAUGGUGUUUACAAUGCAGCGAAUGCCACAAUAAUUUCGAAAAUGUGCGCGAAACCCGAACAUUAUUGCCUAAAGUGGAACAAUUAUCAAGAUCAUCUGGCAGAAGUGUUUUUACAUUUACUGCAAGCUCAAUCAUUGGUUGAUGUCACAUUGUGCGCUGAAGGGCAGAAGAUAUAUGCACACAGGAUAGUUCUUUCGGCCUGCAGCCCAUAUUUCCAUGAGCUUCUCUCAGGAGUGGAAGAUGCCCAUCCGAUCAUAAUACUCAGCGAAAUGUGUGUGGAAGACAUCCAGUCAGUCAUAGAAUUCGUUUACAGAGGAGAAUUAAGUGUGACUGCUGAGCGUUUCAGUUCAGUUUUGAAAGUAGCAGAAGAAUUAAGAAUAAGAGGGCUUAUGGAAGUGAGCAACCAUUUGCCCCAGUUUGAUGAUACGUGCCCAGAAAAUGAACAGGAAGUUAUUGUAUGUGACACAGGGGAAGCUUGUGCACCAGAUUCAAGUGAGGCAGCAGUUCAGUCAGUGCCUGCAGAAGAAAGUCCACAGCAAAAUACUUCAACAGAGAAAAAACAAGAGGAAGAGUGUAGGAAAAGAAAACGGAGAAAAGAGAGCAGCAAGAAAGACUACAGUGAUGAAAGCAUGGAGGCAGCAUUGGCAGAAAUUCGAGAUGGGCGCCCUCUUGUUGAGACCGCUGCUGCACACCGCAUACCACGCUCAACUCUGUAUGUACGAGCAUGCGCCAAAGGAAUAGUUCCUACCAUGACGAGGCGUGAACAUUCCGGAGAAAAUGUACAGGCUGCUGUUCGAGCUGUUACAGGUGGAGCAAGCCUGCAACAGGCUGCCGAGCAGUACAAAAUACCAAAGACAGUGCUGUGGCGGCGUGUCCACAAGGAAGGUGCAGGUGUGGUGCUGAGCAGGCGGUCCAAGCUGCACCAGGGCCUGAGUCGGGAGAGGCGCCAGGCAGCCAUACAGGCCCUGGAGCGUGGAGAGAACCUCAACGCUGUGUCCUCUGACUUGCAGAUACCCAAGAAAACGCUGUAUCGUGAGAAGGCCCGCCUGGUUGAAGCAGGUCGCUUACCAUCAAAUUGCAUACGCAAGCGCUCUGGGACAUCGGAUGCAUGUAAGCAGUUGAGGUUAAACGAAGCAGUAGCAGCAUGCCAACAGGGGAAAAUGUCUCAGGCAGCAGCAUCAGUUGCUUACCAGGUUCCGAAAACUGCCAUCUGGAGAAGGUUGCAAGAAGCACAGAAAAUGCCAUCAAAGAACCAUGACCAAACUGCUGAGACUGGAGUUAACACAGCAAUGGAAUCAAUACAAGAGCAACCAGAAUUUUCUUUUCAUGACGUUUCAACACAGAUACCUGUGACAUACAUUGAUGAAUCAGAUUUCCAUGAAACAUCCCUCAUUAUACUAACCACUGACAUGGACAAUGGUGUAGAAUUACAAGAGCAAAAUAAUCUGCUGAUGGAAAGGCAACAGGAAGAGGGGUGUGCCAAGAAAUAGAUAUAGAAGUCUGAGUUAACCAUGAAGAACAGAAGCUGUUGUCUUUUUAUUAAUGUCUACACACAAAAAUGUAUGACUUUAGGAAUAUUUGUAUAGCUUUAAGGUGAUGACUGAGUAAAUACAAAUUUUCUAAUAAUAUUUUGUAACACAAAAAUAUGUAUUUUUCAGUAAUGAAGAUGCAGUUUUCCUUUGUCCUAAUGUUUGUUAGAUCUGUGUCAUUUUAAACAA